AUAGAUUCGUUACCUUGUUUGUAUACAAAUGGCUGGAUUACGGUUAUCGUGUCACUUGCUCGGGUUCUUUAAUUCACCGAACUCACAAGGAGAAGAAAAAGAAAUUGUUAUAUUCUAGCGUGCUUCCUCUAUAGUAUAUACCUAAACUCAUAUUAGCUUUGGCGUUUUGCCAGAGGAGGCAGGUGACAUGAAAUCAUAUGACUGCUGUGCUGACGAACGCCGCUGGCUGCACGUGAUGUUAUUUACUCAGUCUCAAAAAUAGAUUAGGACUAGAGCGGCCUGGACAAAUAUCUGUCAUCAAAAAUGUUAAAAAGAACCACAUUAUUAAUUUAAAUAUAUUAUGGCACUUCUGAAUCGCCUCUUUUCAUCGAGAAGGAAACAACAACCUCACAAAGGUUAUGCUGUUCCGAGCCUUUCUCAGGGGAACUCCAAAGUGUUUGAAUUUAAUAAAGGCCAAGUUAGGGUAUUAUUGUUCCGAGAAUGUGAACGUCGUGGAAGGAAAUUAUUGUUUGAUUCCAAAGCCGUUAAAAAGGUAUCUCUACCAAGCCUAUUACAAUGCAGCAAAUUGAGAAAAGGUGUAAAGGCAGAAGAAAUAAAGAAGGCAGAAGCUUUUGUAGAAAUCACAAAUGGCUUUGGUUAUCAGUACACUCGUCCGUCAUCAGAUGUGAAGCCAUUAGGCGAAAUGAUCUUCGGUUCUGUUGCCAUGGCUCUUCGUGGUACAACAUUUAAAGUUCAUGUUGGCGGAAAUCCUCCUGUUCUUAUGCUUACUAAAGUUUCAAUCUCUCCAGCAAAGAGAGAAUGUGAUAAUGUUUUGGAGGACUCUUAUGGAAGCUCAAUUAAUUCUAUGAAUGAAUACCUCUGUGGAGGAAGCAGCAGCUCAGAUUUUAAGAUAGCUACUUCCACUGGAUCUUGUCCUCUAGAUGUGCCUCUUCCUAGCAGUUUAACAUUAGGGGCAUCACAAUUUUCAUCUAGAAAUGAUAGAACUGGUCAUUAUGGUAGCUUGGAAGCAGACAGUGGGUGCUAUACAAAUAGCGACUGCAGUGCUGCAGGCCUACCACCUAAUAGUUCAUUUAAUGCUGCUUUGGCUAGUCCAGACUCACGGAAAGGCUCUGGUGGAAGCUUAUCCAGUUUAAGAAGAAGAUGGCUCCGUACGGCUAGUACGUCUUUGGACCUUGAUUCCAGUCAGAGCCUAACAAAGACUGAUUCAGUAGCUUCGUGUGGCUCACUGCCACCCAGUGGGGAUGACAAGCCCCUUCGCCGCACCAAAUUGGGAGUUGCAUUUGUAAUCAGCCUUACCCAGCAUCAAAAAGAUUCCAUGGAGGAGUUUUUGUUAGAACAUGCAGCUUUGUUGGAUAGUAUGGCAGUUCGCCUUCACUCUGCGGUUGAGCGAGCUUAUUGUCGAAAAGAACAGUUUGUUUCAAUGAUGCUGGAUGCGAGUAGCGACCUAGAACAAAAUGUGGAGGAUCUGCUCUUAGGACCAAGGCUGUCUAUGCCUAUGUGGCUUGGGCUUCUCUCCUCGCCCUCUCAACAUUCUUCAUUAGCUUCAGGUUUCAUGCAAGAGCUAUGCCAAAUACUUGAGGUUUUUGACACAAAAGACACAAACUUUUUUGUGAGUACACUUCUGACUUCUGUUUUGACACACCAUUUAGGCUGGGUUCCUACAGUUACUCCUGGUUCACAUUUGUGUCUUCGACCAUCUUGUAUAGAUGGUACCUCUCUACCUUGCAGUUUGUUUGAUCUACCUAAAGUCCAUCCUUAUAACCCUUUAUGGGCACAAGCUAUGGAUUUGUAUGGUGCGCUUGGGAACCCUCUCAAAACGUCUCGUACAAUAAUUAUGUCUUUGGCUUCAAAUAAGAACCGUAUUGAAACAAUUGAGAAGAUGUUGCGCAUUGUUUCAUACUUCAUCAGAUGUGCUGCUAUUGAGCGACAAGAACCCAAACUGGAAGAGUUUGAUAUUCUCUCAAGUAUCAGUUCAAGUCCUUCUGCUGCCAGAGUUUCUACUUCUCAGAUGUUGUCAUCUGAUGGCCACACAUCUUCCUCAUCUAUUGUUCAUUCAAGGAGAGAAAAGUCCUCCCCUCUUUCCCUAGCUUGUCAUCCCUCUACUGCCGUAAAUACUUGUGAAUUAUCAGGUUCUCAACCUAAAUCUAAGACUCUGGGUGUUGUGGAUAUGUCUUGCAAAGGUGAAACCCCUCUGAUUGUGGAAGGAAAUGGAAUACAUUUAGACAUUUCUCUCAAGAAAACAGCCAAUGUGGGACUGAGAAGAACUAUGAGUUAUUCCUCUAGAAUGACAACUUCAGCCUUAGUUGAAAAUAAAAUCAACAAGGGAAAACAUACGCUCAAUGCUGUUACAAGUGAAAUAUCAAGAGAAAUAAUAACCUCCCAGUGUGUAUCUGAAAAGCUAUCAAAGUUGCAUGAAUUUGGCAGCAGCUGUCCCAAUCAAAGGGCUUCACAGGAUAUGUGCACUCCAUUUGACAAAGUCAUUUUUGUGCUAGGAGAGAAUGAAAACUUAAUUGGUCUGAAAGGAAAAUCAAGGACCGAUACUGAUGAAUUGGACCUUAACAUCAUAGAUGAAAAAGGGAAGAUGCAUGAACAGCCAUUGAGCUUCUCUGGAAGUGAAGUGGAAAGUGGAUUUUCUGAAUGUGAAUCAUUUGAGCUUUCACCAGUACGCACUGGUUGUGCCAAUCUUAUGAAUUCUUCUGGCAAAACAACUAAUUCUUCUAAGCUCCUCACUUCUAGCCUGGACCCAAGGCUCUACUGUUCAAAUAAUGAAAGAAACACAAAUAAUUUUAAUACUAGUUCUACACGUCUCUCACAUAAAGAAGAAACUUUACCAUUCCAUGAGGUUAACCCUAGACUUUUAACAAUUCAGUCAACAUUGAUUCCGUCUGAAAAACGAGCAGACUCAUUUUCUGUUAGUUCAGCCAACCUAAGGUCUCUUGCCAGAUCCUUAAGUGUGAAUCUCCCGGUGUGUUUGAAAACAGUGAAGCAUGAGCUGUGUGAAAGUGAUACAUGUAUCUCAUGCGGUGACCAGAUUGCCAAAGCAGAAAGUAAAGAAAAUAUGCACCCUCUGAGAGACUUGAGACAAGCGUGCGGUAAAAAAAACAUGAGGAACCUAAGGAGAGCACACAGUUCAUUUUGCGUUCAAAGUCAGAGCAGGAAGUCUUUGAAAAGCAACCCCAUAUGUCAGAAGUGCAAUUUUCACGAUGCAAAAUCUCGUGUUGACGAUUGCUCCUUCACUACAAGAGAAAAAUGCAAUGGACUUGAAGAAACUCAGAACUCAGAUUUGAAGCAGUCAAAUGUUGUGGAGCUUCCUCUUCCUGCGAGCCUGGCAUGCGGUGAAUUUGCAGAAACAGUUUGUGGCUGGGGCAUUGCUGGCUCAUUAUUUGGUGGUGUUUCACCACGUUACGUGCCGGAGAGAGUUCUUCAAGGUUGUGCUCCCCUUGGCCCUGGAUGGGAAGUUAUUUUAAAAAGAGAUCUCUUAUUGGAUGCACUGCACCCUACAUUGGACCCAGGACUAACAGAGGCUGUUGCUAUUGUUGCUAACAUCGAUUCAUGGGAAGUACAAUUGAUAUCCAGUCAUACUUAUGUUGUGGAUAGACCAGGUACGCUGGGCAUUAGAGUGGGGCUGUCUCAACUUAUUGCAAACAUGCUUGAGUCUGUGUACCACAUGUGGAAGCUACAUGCAUCUUCUGAGUUGUGCUUAUCAUUUUUGGAAAGCCGUCUUCAGGAGAUUGUGCUACGCAGUCAGGCUUUGUCAGAGCUGCUCCUUACAAGAGAAUUUUGUGAUAUGGAUAAUUUAACUUCAUCUCUCUCUCUUGAACCAAAUGAUGUGCCCCUUCUGUUAUCAGUGGCAUCGACACAUUCACCUGAAGUGACGCAGAGAUAUGGCUUGAGCUUUAGAUGACAUUUUUCCUUCUCAGUAAACCCAUGUUGUCAAAUUCUAAGUGCACUUAAUGGGAGAAUCCUAAAUCUGGAUGUUUAAACAACUCUAAAGUUGCGGAAGAAAUAAUAAUACAGUAAUAAUAAUGUAGGUUUAGUAUGACUUUUAUGCUGAAGUUUUGGUAAUAUGUCACGAGCAUGUUUUGUCUCAACUGUGUUAUUUAUGGCUUGUGAUUUUUCUUAAGUAAUGAUUUUGAGAUACAGACUGACAUCUUUGACUUUGAUAUACCAUCAUUAUCGACUAAGCAAUAAGUUUCAGAAAAUCUUAAUAUCAGGGUUUGUAUUAUUUAUAAUUAAUCUAGUUUGAUGAAUAUCGAAAUGACUUAAAUCAAUAAAACCUGUGCAUUCAUUGUUCAUCAGUGCUCACUGUUUUCCACUUUGUUAGAAAAUGAGAAAACAACAUUCCUACUUCAAAAUGUAGACACCAUCAGCAUUAGAGCUUUCUUUUAUUUACUUUUCUAAUGAUGCAAUAUAUUAGAGGUAUUCCCAAAUCAUAGAUACUGGUAAAAGUAGAUUGUUUCUUUUGGAUGAGUGUACCCUAUCAACACAUAGCAAUAAUCAGUUUAAAAUAUGUGACCUAUUUCUCUUUUUGUGCAACUUUUUUGUAGAUUCCUGUCAUUCCUGAACUUUUUUUGUUACACAUGGCAUGUUGUUCAAAGAUAAUCAAGACCUACAUUUCAAAUUUUUAUUUAGAUUAGCCAGUCUGCUCAUAGGUUCUCUGUUGGUACCAGUAUUUCAAUGUAUUCAAUUUAUCUUUAAAUAACUCUUUGAAACAUGUAACAAUGUAGUUAAUUCGCUCUUAUAGAUCAAGCAAUAUUUGCUUUUACGUUCUGGUAGAGUGGUGUGUGUUUGUGUUCUUUUGGAUAUGAAUAUGACUCCUGUUCAAAAUUAAGAUAAGACUUUGUAGAAGAGGAACAUUUUUUCCCCUUCCUCUUUUACUUUUAGUGCUUGUUGUCUGACUGUUUUUGUUUUUAUUAAUUUAUUCUAUUUAUUUUUUAUCAUUGGUCAAAUGGUAUUGCUUUGUUUCUGCCUCUUUGUUAAAACUUAAAACAUACAUUGUUUAAAUUGUGUACAGCCACAAUGAUCUCCUGUAAAACAAAUGAACUACACAGUAUUUUUUUCUUAUUUUGAGCAUCUCUCUUGAUGAAGCUGAUGGGGAACAUGAAAUUGGUUUGAGGAUAAAUUUGACAUUCAUGUUCUCCAAAGUACUUUAGAUUUCAUUUUGUAACUGUAAGGGACCAAUGCCCAAUGUUUGCAUGAAGAAUGUUCAAUUCUUUCUUUUUCUCCUUUUACUUAUUUGGUGUGAAUCAAGAGAAUUAUAAGUUCCUAAUUUGACCAAAUUUGGUCUGUUUUCUCUUGUAUUAUUUUAUUUGUCUGUUGAUCGACACUUGCUGUUUUCAAUAAACUUUGUUUUGUUAGCAUUCUGA